UUCCGAUAACGCCAAUAACACACAGUCAAACAAAGAUUGCUGGAUGACACUGAACACUUCUCAUCUAUUUAAAACCAUGGAUGCAAUUGACGAUCGUUACAAGGACAUCCGGAAGAAAGCUCAAAAGUCUCUGAUGAAUACUCAAUUUGAACAGAAAAUGCUACGUGGACUAAUAAAGUCUAAGGGGGCUGCACAGCGUGAAGCCCACAGACUUACCCACACGUCGUGGACAAUACCCUCGGGAAUCAACUUCGGUGGCCAAUGUAUGACGAGAAUGACAGACUCCUUAUUGUUCUUUCACCGUAUGAAGCUUCGCAACAACACUCGUUUCCGUGUGACUGGUAUUUACAACGAUAUCUCCAAUUUGGUGGUCUUGAUAAACCUGGACCUACAUGACCUGCACCUCCAAGGAGCGUAUGACAGGACACUCACCGAUACUGACCCUUCGGUCCUCAUCUAUGCGCCCAGUUUUGGAGAAGUGGAGUUUCUUUUAAAGAAUGUGGAAUACAGAAUGGAAGGACGAUACAGAAUAAUUGAAAAACAUCUGACUAUUGAACUAGUCACUUCAGCAAUUAGCGUCAAAGAAAUAUUAAUGACGUACAUAACUCAAGCCAUUGAAAGUGCAUCAAUAACCGUAGAAAGGGACAACCUGGGUGCUUUCAUGGACAGACUACAAAACGACUUGGAUAUGUGGAUGAAAGAUUACUUCAAUGACUACUUGAUAACCGUUGACAUCGAUGAUAUAGAUAACAUGAAGGAUAUGGUAAAAUACGACAAGGAGAAAACUGUAGCGUUACAAGAGUACAUGGACGAAUCUAUAGACUUAAUUAAAGCCAGAAUACAAACACUGCGUGCCCAAGUUAUCAAGAUACCAAACUUCACACUAAAAUCCAUUCAUGGCCUGGAAAUAAAACUGUACGAUGGAGCUCUGCACGGACUGGACUCCAUGUACCGGCGAUCAGUAGCCACUGGAUUUAAAGUUUAUGGAUUACGAAAAGUCGACGCCAUCGUCGGAUUUAGUACUUUAAACGUGGUUUACAAAUAUGAAGCAAUGAUACCAACGGGUAUACCGCCUCUGUCUGGUGAGCUAACUAUGACAGCGAAUGAAAUAGCCGCCCAUCUUGCUCUGGUCGCGGUCGCCGACCCUGAAACCGUGGACUUGGACAUCCGCUUCUUGGAUGCAAUGAAACCUGGAUCUCUAACGGUUGAAGGUCCUGCAAACACAUUAAUAUCAAACUUCAAACAUCUGCUUGAACAUGAGAUCUUAACACUCAUGUCGACGUCUCUAAAACAUGGCAUAGAGCUGCUCCGAUCUCUACCUCGUUGUUCACCAUUCAUACCAAGUAAACUUGUAAGGGUGAAACUGAGUGAUACUAAUAGAGUACUAAACUCUCCUUCUGAAGAUGACAUGGACGAUGAUCGAUCGGGGCUAAACAAUGAUAAUAACGCUAACGACGACAAUGAGCAACUCAGACUUGAAGAUGAUGACAGUGAUAACUUUCCAAUAAGGACUGAGAAAACCCAACCAAAGAAAGCGAUGUUACGGUCAAAAAACAAAAAGAAAAGUAAUAAGAAUGCAAAGAAAGAUAUAAAAAAAAACCAAGAAACAAAAAUAAUAUAAAAAAAAACUAAGAAAAAAAUUUAGAGGACACAACAAAUACAAAGAAACGUAAUUUUACAUCGAUGUGAUAUAAAUAUUUGGAAUACUAUGUAAUGGCUGGUUUUAUUAAAUAAAUAGUAGUGUUCAGCUCCAACUACA